AUGGCCACGCUCGGACAAGGUGUUGAUGCUAUCGAAAGACGAUCGCUGGGGGUGUCCCAGCAGCCGGUUCCUGUCCAGCUUCAAAGUUCAAAAAGGUGUACGCUCUGCCCAGCCUGGGUCCCCUCGGAUUCGCGGCUGGCCUGGCACCAGGAUCAGCAGAUCAAGAUCUCCGUGAAGAGGUGGCAGCAGCUGAAACAUCCUUACCGAGCGCAGUCAUCACGCCGGUGCCUCUUGAGCCAUAACGGCCAUAACGCAGGUGUGCAGCCAUGGCAGGAUUCCCCACACACUUUUCCGAAUCUUCAGCUGUUCUUCAUUGUGAAUCCUCCGAGAGUCGCGUAA